ACGGUCUCACAAUGACUCCUGGACACCGUUAUCGCCAAAUGGCUCCUUGCUCAAUGUAUGUCCUGUCCUGGCUUACCACUUGCCCGGCACUUUCGAGUUCUAACCAAACCUUGAUUCCCGAGGAUAUGGCUAUAUUGACAUGAAGAACACUUUUGAUCUAUGAUACAUUCUGAUACCUCGAAGAGUUUAAACUCGAUUUGCCAGGGUAGUUGAAUACGAGAGCCCCGUGUGAGUCAUCCACCGCAGCUGGGAUCCUGACAGUGAAAUCUCUUCACGGUCGACAGAAAUCAGCUUAAAGCCUACAUCAGAAUUAAAGAAGUUUACUUUACUCCUAAAUACAGCGCAUAGCGACCUUCCACCCAAAAUGACCAUAUCAGACAUUGCCCUUCUUCCGGCAACCACUCUCGACCAUGAGACCCUCGAUGCUCUAAUCGAUCGCUACAAAACCCUCCGCCUCCGCGCACUAAAAGAAGACCCUGAAGCAUUCGGAUCGAAAUACGAAGAUGAACUGAAAUUUCCACGAGAGAAAUGGCAAGCACGCAUCGAAAACCCAAAGGCUCAUACACUUAUUGCGCUCGAAAAUACCACAAGCCCCGGUGCACCCCUCCAAGCCAGCGACAAUUCUACCCUAUCCGCAUUGCUAUCGAGAAAAUGGGUUGGGACACUUACAAUGGUAGGGCCCGAGCCCGUUCCUGGUUCAGGUUUGGGUCAACAGGAGUUAUUGAAACUGUUUGACUCGAACCGUUCCGACUCCUGUGGUCCCGAAGCUGACCCCUCGAUCCUCGCCUAUGUGCUAAAUGGAAUGUACGUCCUACGAGAGAGCCGAAGGGCUGGCAACGGAAAGCGGCUCCUAGAGGAAGUUGUUGACUAUGCCAGAACGGCGGGGGGUGCAUCGGGGGCAGCACAAGUGUGGUUGUUCGCGUUCCUGGAGGUGAAGAACAGGUCUGCCGUUGUGUUUUAUGAAAAAUGUGGGUUUCGGGCAUGGGAGGAGGAGGUUUUCUUGCACGGUCGUUAUGUUUGGAUGAUGGAAUUUCGUAUCACUCCGUGAUCCAUCUUAUAGUUAGGAUUCUUUCUGUCUACGUCGGUUGGUUGCAACCUUACUCUGUUCUGAGAUGAUUGCGGGCUUACCAAUAUCCCACCGCACAUAAAAGCCUAGAGGCCUUUGGAGGCCUCUUUGUUCUAGAUCAUUCCAGUAACGGCAACUCUAUGGCCUACUACUAACC